AUGAUUCGAAAACAAGCAAGAGAACGGCGGGAUUACCUGUACCGAAAGGCGGCGAUCCUGAAAGAUGCAGAAAUCAACGAGAAAAAGGCAAAGAUGAGGGCAUCAUUAGCCCAGGGUCGGCCACUGGAAAAGGACAUUGCAAACGACGAGAAGUUGCGCGCAGACUAUCACUACGACGAAUCGAGGAUAGACAGAGAAGAUUUGGAUUUGGACGACGAAUAUGCGCAGCUGAGCGGCCUGGUAGACCCGAGGGUGAUGGUGACGACAAGUCGCGACCCUAGCGCGCGGCUGGCCGCGUUUGCAAAAGAGAUUCGACUUCUAUUGCCGACUGCUAUAAGGCUCAACCGUGGAAACCUAAUCCUGCCCGAGCUUGUCCGGAGUGUGCAAGCCGCGGGCCUUUCGGAUAUCGUCCUCCUCCACGAGCGCCGAGGAACACCGACGGCACUCACCAUUUCACACAUGCCUCACGGUCCGACAGUAUCAUUCUCUCUCCACAACGUUUUGCUGAGGCAUGACAUCCCCGGCAGUGUCAGAGGGACGGUUUCCGAGGCAUAUCCUCACCUUGUGUUUGACGGCUUCACCUCCCGACUUGGUCAACGCGUCGUCAAGGUUUUGAAGCACCUGUUUCCGCCCAGGGAGCCGAUCACAAGCAAGGCAAAGAUGUCGAAUCGCGUCAUCACAUUCAAGAACAUCGACGAUGUUAUCGAGGUCCGGCAUCACGUCUUUGUCAGGACAGGUCACGAAAGUGUCGAGCUGGCAGAGGUCGGCCCACGGAUGAGCAUGAAGAUGUUUGAGAUUAGGGGAGGAACGUUAGAGAAUAAGGAUGGCGAUGUAGAGUGGCACCUGAGCCAGUACACGCGGACCAGCAGAAAGAAGAACUACUUGUAA